ACGGCCCAUCUGCAACAAAGUCCAAAACCCAUAAACCCCCUCUCCCCCACUUCUCCCCCACAAACUAGGGUUUCACUCGCCGCCGCCGCCCCCGCCGCCGCCAUGGCCGCCGACACCUCCAAGCCCUUCUUCCCGGCGGCGCCGAACCCCGCCCUCCUCCCCUCCGGCCGCAAGCCCUCCCGCCUCUCCCCGGAGGCCUCCUACUGGCGCUCCUUCCGCGCCUCCGAGCUCACCCCCGCCAACGAGUUCAACGUCACCCACCUCGCCUUCUCCCCCUCGUCGGCCCCCACCCUCGCCGCCUCGUUGUCCACCUCCGUGCUCCUCUUCUCCGGCGACCCGCUCUCCCCGCUCCCCCGCAUCCCCGCCUCCCAGGACGUCGCCUUCUCCCCGUCCUUCCGCUCCGACGGCUCCCUCCUCGCCGUCGGCGACAAGAAGGGCGUCGUCCGCGUCUUCCGCGCCGACAAGAAGCAGUCGUCGGGCGCGCUCCGCACGCUCACGGCCCACACCGCCGAGACCCGCGUCGUCCGCUACCCCGUCGCCGGCGGCGACAAGGUCCACCUCUUCACCGCCGGCGACGACGCGCUCCUCGCCUACUGGGACGUGCCAUCCGAGACGCCCGUGUUCGCCGCCCCCGCCGCCCACCGCGACUACAUCCGCGCCGGCGCCGCGUCCCCCGCCGACCACAACAUCUUCGCCACGGGCUCGUACGACCGCAUCGUCAAAUUGUGGGACGCCCGCAUGGGGAAGACGUCGACGCUGUCCUUCUCCCAUGGCGAAUUGGUGGAGAGCGUGCUGUUCCUGCCGUCCGGCGGGCUGCUGGCGACAGCCGGCGGGAACGUCGUCAGGAUUUGGGAUGUCAUUGGUGGCGGGCGGCUUCUCCACUCGGUGGAGAGCCAUGUCAAGACGGUGAUGGCCCUCGCGCUCGCCAAGAUGACCAACACCGGCGAGACGCGGCUGCUUAGCGCGGGGAGUGAUGGUUAUGUCAAGAGCUUUGAUUAUGGCGAGCUUAAGCUCACGCACUCGAUGCGAUAUCCUAAGGAAUUGCUUUCCUUGGCGUGCUCGCCGUGUGGGACAGUGCUGGUUGCUGGAUCUUCAAAGGGCACAAUUUAUAUGGGUAGGAGGAAAAAGAAGUCGACAGGGGAGGACGAGGAAGAGGGUAAGGGUGUUGGUGGUGAGCUUGAUUGGGCACCAACCAAGCCGGAGAAGCGGCGGUUGGCACCGUCCAACUAUAGGUACUUCCUCCGUGGACAAAAUGCGAAGGCUAAGGAAGGUGACCUUGUGAUUGAGAAGCCUAAGAAGGUGAAGGUUGCUGAACACGAUAAGUUGCUGAGGAAGUUCAGGCACAAGGAUGCUCUAGUUUCAGCGUUAGCUCGAAACAAUCCAAGGAGCAUAGUGGCGGUGAUGGAGGAGCUAGUUUCAAGGAGAAAGCUGGUCAGAUGCAUCGAGAACUUGGACACGGAAGAACUCGUUCUUCUCCUGCUGUUCCUGCACCGAAAUGCAACCUUGCCAAGGUAUGCCAGGUUCUUGAUGGGGGUGGCAAACAAGGUGCUGGAGAUGCGCGCGGAUGAUAUCCGAUCAGAUGAGAACCUAAGGGGUUGUGUUAGAAAUCUUAAGAGGAUGGCUGCAGAGGAGAUUCAGAUACAGCACACAUUGCAGGGGAUCCAAGGGAUGAUUUCACCCAUGCUUGCACUUGCCAGUAGAUGAACAGGUGCUUUUCUUGUAUCGGAAUUCUUUUUUGGUCUGUUAGUUUACAGUGAGGCAUGCCACAUACAUGAUGAUGUAUGCUAGUUUACAAACUAUUAUCGCCACUGAAAUUUUGGCUGUCAUCCAAUCGAUAUACUCUGUUGUGCCGCGAAAAGUUUUGAUCAGUUCAUUCCAGCUAUGGUCAUGUUUGCACUAUGCAGUUUUGCCUUUUGGGUGUUGCUAUGGAUUGUUCAUUGCGCUUGUUAACUAUUUUUCAGCUUACUUCGCAUGGUUCAGUUUUUGUUCAUUAUGUAUCAUCUUUGCGGUGUAGCAGCAAUGCAUGUGAUGUUUGUGGUUAGUUCUGUUUUGGGUGAA